AUGGAAUCUCCACCCAGGUGUAUUGAUCAACAGUAUGCUCCCACCUCCAUCUUCCUCAAGAAAGUGAAAACCACUACUGAGAUCAACAUGCUAGCUACAGAAAGAGUCCUUCUGCUGCUUGUCUCACUUCUGUCUUCUUUGUUUCAUUGUGAACAUUCACUUGCUUUUUCUCUAAAAAACUGCACAAUCCUCUAUUCUGAAAAUUCAAACAACGUGUCAGUUACAUGUGCAGAGCAUCACCUCACUGCUAUUCCAGAUGACAUUCCUGGUAAUGCAGUAUCGCUCAAUCUCAGCUCAAAUGACAUUUCAAAUAUUUCCAGGAUGGAUUUAGGAGGUUUAUCUAAGCUUGAAGCUCUAUAUGUUAAAAAUAAUUGGAUUUUACAAAUUGAUGAUGGAACUUUUGUAGACUUGGUAGAGUUAAAAGUUCUCGACUUGGGUGAAAAUUUACUCACAGCACUGACAAAAAACAUGUUUCAGGGUCUUUCCAAAUUAGAGACCAUAUCUCUGAACAACAACGUUAUCUCAUUUACCUCCCCUGUGGUCUUUCAGCCCCUGGUCAUCUUACAUUUAGUAGAUUUGAGCAAUAAUUAUCUGCAUCAAAUUUCAGAUAUUGAUUACAUUGUUAAACUUCCAACUUUACAACAUUUGAUUAUUACUCACAACAACUUUACUUCGUUUCAGUCAGAUGACCUCCAUGUAAAUACCUCAAACCUACUCACUCUAAGUUUGGAUUCAGUGAAGAAGUUCAGAAUUACAAGAGACAUUUUUCCUCAUCUGCAGUCUCUGGACUUGCGAGGCUGGUCCAAGGAUAUUGAGUGGGAAGUGUCAAACAAGACCUUUUUGAGGAGCCUAACAAGACUGCACAUGAGUGAAACUUCUCUUAGCUUUGAAGUGUACAGAGCGAUUCUGCAGACUGCUUACUCUCUUCAAGAGUUUCAGAUGGAUAACAUAAAAAAGUGGAUAGAUGAUGGUCUCAUUGAUGUUGCCUGCCAAAUUCCUUCUCUAAGAACAGUUGAUGUGAGAAAUAGUGAAAUUCACAACAUAACAGAGCACAUGCUGCAGUCUUGCUCUAACCUUACUGAGCUCAACUUAUCAUUUAACAAUAUAAACAGCAUGGCUGAUAAUGCACUCCAGUCAAUGACACAGCUCAGAAGCCUGAUAUUACAAAAUAAUGAACUGUCCGAACUGCCAGUGGCCGUCCAACGACUUACCACAUUGGAAGUCUAUGACCUUAGCAUCAAUGACAUCAGUGAACUUUACUGUCCUUACUUCUGGAAUUUAACAAGCCUAACAAUACUCGAUCUGAGCCACAAUCAAAUAUCCUAUGUCUCUGAGUGUGUUUUUCAAAAUGUAAACAAUUUGAAAAUCUUAAAUCUUGAAAACAACAAGAUUAUGUCAUUUAUAGAUACCUUCAAAGAUAAAUUACAGACAUUGGAGUUUUUGAAUUUGAGAAAUAUUGAUAUCAUGAAUUUCAUUCAAGGAGAUUUUCAUAGUCUGUCUUCCCUUCAAUACUUGUAUAUAGACUUAGACGAGUGUGACAGUGUUGAUGAAGGAGGGUUCGAAGGACUUGAUAACCUCCAGAUUCUUUAUCUGUUAGGUGAUAAUUAUUUUUAUGACCAUUUCAGUGGACUGUCAAACUUAAACACUCUGAUCUUAAAUGUUGUUGAAAGCCGAACCCACAACAGCUCUGAACAAAGGGAUAGGCCUUUCUCAAAUUUACCCAAACUGAAGAAGCUUCAUAUCAAGGUUCAUAGAGGAUAUUACGAUAUUUCAAAAGAUGUUCUCAGUGGUCUGACUUCUUUAGAGUACUUAAUAACAGAGGCAUACUUCAUGGGAUCUUUGCAUCCAGACACAUGGAUUCAAGGCAGCAAACAGACACAGGUUGUUAAUGCACAUCAGUACACUUGCGCGUUUCCUGUCAGCCAAAGGGGAAACAAAUUCCUGGACUUUGGUUUUGACUCCUGUCGGAUAAAUGCUGCCUUGCUCUGCUUCCUUUUUAGCUCUAAUCUAGUUAUGCUUACUCUCCUUGCAUCCUUCAUCUAUCACUUCCUGAGGUCACACGUCACAUAUGCCUACUACCUCUUCCUGGCCUUUCUCUAUGAUAAUAAGAGGAGGAAGAAAGGUAUUCCUCACAGCUACGAUGCCUUUGUCUCCUACAAUGUUCAUGAUAAAGCUUGGGUCUACGGAGAGUUGCUUCCAGAGCUGGAGGGUCAACAGGGCUGGAAACUCUGUCUGCACCACAGAGACUUUGAACCAGGUAUAGAUGAUUAUCAUUAG